AUGGAACCUGUCAGCGCCACAGCUAGCGUCAUCGCAGUCAUCGGUCUUUCGGAAAAGAUUAUUGCUGGCUGUAGAACCUACGUGAGCGCACUCAAAGAUGCUCCAAACGAUCUCUGCAACAUCCUGAUCGAGGUUGGAAGUGUCAAAUGCACCCUAGAAACACUCGAGAUGCGCCAAAAGCUCUCUCCUGUUCUGCAAAGAAUCGACGUUGCCAACAGUCCACUAGAGGGAUGCCGUCGAGAAUUGGAAGCUCUUGCGCAGCUCCUUCCAGUGGACGCAGACCCCUCUAGAAAAAGAAAGCGUGGCAAAUUUAUUCCAUCCUACGCCGAAUUGGCGUGGCCUCUCAAGCAAGGCAAAGCCCGGAAGAUACUAGAGGAUCUCGGCCGGCAUAAGGCAACAUUGGUUCUCAUUUUAACAACAGACGCAGGACAGGACAUCGAAAGCAUUAAGGAUAACGUGGAGAAGAUCAUGGGUACUCUUACCGACCAGCAACGCGAUUUGGUCCUCAAGUGGCUAGUGAAGACGGAUCCUUCUUCAAAUCAUAACAGGGCCUGCCAACUUCACGAGACUCACACCGGCCAAUGGCUGGUCCGAUCAACAGAGUACGAUGCUUGGCGAGGUGGUACGAUACGCCUCUUGUGGCUCCACGGCAUCCCUGGCUCCGGGAAAACAAUUUUAGCUUCAUUCAUCGUCCAGAACAUAAAAAGGUUUUGCAAAACUCCUGACCUCAACGAUACGGGAUGGGCAUACUACUACUGUUACUUCGAACGAAACCAGGAUGAAUCACACCCCUUUCUCCGCUGGAUCAUCAGCCAGCUCUGGCGGCAGCUGAAGUGCAUCCCUGGAAACCUUUGCUCGCUCUACGAUCUCGGAACCGAGCCGGGAUAUGCAGAUCUUCUUGAAGUCUUUUCUACCCUAGUCGACAAAUUCAGGCGUGUCUACAUAGUAGUAGACGCUUUGGAUGAGUCACAGGAUCGCCGAUUCCUACUAGAUCUGCUCAUCAAGAUUGCGAGCGAUGACGCUUUUCGAAAAGUCAGUCUCCUCACGACGAGUCGUAAGGAGCUAGACAUCCAGCGAGCGUUUGAAGGAAUGUGCUCGAGCAUUUCGCUUUCCAACCCGCUCGUCGACGAAGAUAUCUGCGUCUAUGUUGAGAACCAAUUGAAAACCGAUCGCAAACUCAGCCGCUGGCCAGAAUCCCUCAGAAGAGAUAUCCGAGAUGCGCUUACCGGAGGCGCAAAGGGCAUGUUCCGCUGGGCGGCUUGUCAGCUGGAUAUCCUCGGGAGACUCAACUCAAAACCGGCGAUUCAAAAGGCAUUGAAGGAGCUCCCAGAAACUCUUGAAGACACCUACGAAAGGAUACUGGUAGGAAUACCAGAAUCAAAUCGCUCAACUGCACACAAGGCCCUCCAACUACUUGCUGCGGCGAAUGAUAUGACGAUUGAGACGAUCGCUGAAGCCGUAGUCGUGGACGUUGAUCAAUACUCCUUCACAACUGAUAGUCGGCUUUUUGAUCCUACGGAUUUGUUGGAGAUCUGCACCUGUCUAAUGGCGGUCAACGAUGAAGAUGGCCGCGCUAGCUUCGCCCAUUACACGGUCCAGGAAUACUUGACUUCAGAGCGCAUACUAGACGGACCGGCAGCUAUGUUCAAGGUAUCGAUCGACGAAGCCAUGACUCUCGCGUCUACGAUUCGAAUCGUAUAUCUUCUGAAUCUUCCUUACAAUCGCCUUCCGACUGCCGAGAAAUUUCUCAGGUCGAAUGGUCAAGACGCACUAAAGAGUCAAAUGCGGGGAGACUAUCCGCUUAUGGAAGAUGCACUGCUCUGCUGGAAUUCAGAUAUGGCGUAUGGAAAGAUUCCAGCAAAUGCAUGUCUAACCGAACUGACCUUGAAGUUACUUGACCCCCGAGGCGCAUGUUUCCGAGGAUUCGAAGAGAUGGGAACGAUUUUCGACUAUCUCCGUGGGAGCAAAUCCUUCCGAAUCAAGUUCGUACCGGGUGCUGAAUCUUCUAUGACAUUGGCAUACAUCUGCCAUUUUGGUCUGGCAGAAGUUGCCGAAGCUUUGGUAAGGCGCAAUCUGAACUCAUCUAUAUUACGAAACCGGCUCGAGCAGUGCUUUGACCUUCUGGAAUAUCUCGACUACCCUUUGGACGCGGAAGGGCCGCCCCUACAAGUGGCGGCGAUGAUGGGCGCCAUCUUUACAACAAAUUCAACAAUGAGGAGCUACGCCAAGAAUACCGAGAUGUUGUACGGCUUCUACUUGGAGCAGGAGCAGAUCCAAAUCCUCCCGGAGUCUGCAAAACACCGUUACAACUUGCAAUAG